AUGAGCCCUUCCGACGACCCAGCAUCUCACAGCGCCGGCAGCGAUGAUAGUGAUGGUGAACAGAAUCAGGAGACAUUCCCGCAGAAUGCAAAGAAACCAAGAUCGAGCAGAGCCUGUGUGGCAUGUCGACGUAUGAAAACACGAUGCGAGAUUGACGAGGCGCUGGGAUCAGCAUGUAAACUAUGCAUUCGAGCGCGAAGACAAUGUAUCAUGCAAACUCUUCCUCGGCGAAGAAAGCGGAAGACCACUGAAAGGGUGGCUGAUCUAGAACGGAAAAUCAACACUCUAACUGCACUUCUAGCUUCCAACGAACCCCCCAACUCUGUUGACCCAUCUCCAAGCUCUGGGGGCGAGGGGGCUCCCAGUCGCAGCAAGGACCAGGAUCCAGAGGAAACUGCAGACGACUCCCAAACACUCAUUGCAAAAGCUCUAAGCCGAGGACUACUGGAUUGGCCAACUGCUUGCAAAGCAUUCGAUCGUUACCGGGAGGAAAUGUGCAUUUAUUUUCCUUUCGUUGUGUUCCCUGCUACGGCCGAUGCAACUCUGGUGAAGGAGCAGCAGCCACUUCUGUUCUUCGCUAUUUGUACAGUCGCAUUGCCGACAAUGCGCGGACCUGUUAAUCUUGAACUGCGGGAUAUGCUUACCAGGGACCUAGCCCUACGCAUCAUGUACCGAGCUGAGAGAUCCCUCGAACUAGUUCAAGUCCUCCUCAUCCAUAUUACCUGGUACACGCGAGGGAAAGAAAUGCGAGAACUGAACUUCAAUCAGAUGGGACAUGUCGCUUGUGCAAUGGGGUUGGACAUUGGUCUCGGGAGAAGAUCGCACAAGUCUGCCCAAUCUGAUGACCCUCACCAACUCGAGUCACUGGCAGGUAGACGAGCGUGGCUGGGCUGCUAUUAUCUGGUCACCAACAUUGCCAUGUCCCUUCGCCAUCCCGCGUCUGUUCGCUGGUCUGUAUACAUUGAAGAAUGUCUUGACGUUCUGUCUUGCGCACCCAGUGCUUUACCGAGUGACCGAUGGCUCUGCGACUUGAUUCGAAUUCAGCAUAUCGCGGAAGAUGCUUCGAUGGUAUUCUCAAUGGACGAUCCAGGAUCCGUGAUCAGCUUCAGGGAUGUCAAAACUCAAUACCACAUUAGAUCCUUCCAUCAACAGCUGGAACAGUGGCGCCGAAAUGCUCAUAACAGUAGCAACCACCUUCAAGCUUUUGCACGGCACAUUGAAGCUGCAACAGCUUUAUACGUCAAUGAGGUUGCGAUCCAUUCGGAACAUAACAUCGACGAAUUACGCUUACCUCCCCGUCCAACGGCCGCCAACGACGCGUUGAGUAAUGAAGAUAUCGGGACAACCUCGACGUACUCACAGUUUGCCCCAGCUCGCAUUGAAUGCCUGUUUACUUGUCUUUCUGCUAUACAUCACUGCUUCGAUGCCUUGCUGUCAAUGGAUAUAUCAACAUUGGUCACGCUACCAAACUUCUUCCUCGUUCGGACGGGCUACGCCGCAAGAGCGCUUCGGAAGCUGCUCAAUAUUUGUGAACAUCAAGGAGCCGUGACAGGCCAAUUCCCGAUCAAUUCCAAGGACCUGAAGUUCGAGGAAUACAUGACCUCAAUCAUCCGUCUCUUGGCAAGAAUUCAUGAAGAAACGAACUCCCAGGUGGCUCGCGCAUUUUACUUGGUUAUCACGCAGAUAAAACAACAUGGCAUCAAAUCACAUCAUUUUUCAUUAUUCGCCAACUGUCCAGCCAUGCUACCCAGAAUCGACACUGAGCUCGAUAAAGAAGGAUUCCGGGACUCGGGCAUCGCGUUAAAUAGUACAGGACGGCUCGGGGUAGCGACUACAGUCGGCGCUGCAUCUGGGGAACAAUUGCAUUCGGUAUCACAGGCGUCCUAUGCAAUCCCGGAUGCACCUGCCCAAAUUCCCCUUGAGCAGCAGAAUCCAAGCUGGUUUGACAGUUCUGCUGCUGCAGGCAGUCUGCCAUCAUGGCAGGAGGCUGGAACUUUCGAUGCCGGAAUGUCCUAUUUGCAGUGGUUCGAGCAGGACUUCCCAUUUGACGACCUUGAAAUGUAUGGUAUGGAGGAUAUGAGCUACAUACCCUAG